AUGAAAAGCGAGUCCUAUGCCGAAACGCAGAGAGACAACUGCCAUCCCUCUUUCUUCGUCGUCUUGAAAACACCCGGUGGAAAUACUGUCCACAGUGCUGGAAGCUUCAUCCGCGACCUAAACAGCAGCUACCGUGGAAGCAUCGAUGCCAUGAAUGCCACUUACUUUACGGCCAGCGCUCUUCACCUGAUUGAUUCAAUCAAGUCGCUUUCCAAACCAGGUCCAGUUAUUGAGGAGGCAUACUACAAAUGCGUGCUCUCCAAUGGUCCAGCGCCCACAAAGCUCUACCAUGAGUGCGAGAUUACAGACCAUCCCGAAGCAAAAGCUCGCAUCAAAACAGUUCUCUACGAGGAUCACGAGGGCUGUCUCAUGAUAGAGAACGGAUAUCAAUUUCACAGUUUCAAGCCACCCGGUCGACAUGCCGGUGUGGAAGAAACUUGGGGACGGGAGAAUGGCAUGAUAGAAAUUGGGAGCGCAGUUGCCGACCAGUAG